CUGGAAAUGGAUAGUGGUUCCGACUUCGGGAUGGCCUGCCCUCGACCAACGCUAAAAGAGUGACCAUUGCCCGGCCAAAUCGAGCAUAGCAGGCUGGUCCCAGGGCGUGCUGGGGGAGCUCGACUCCGACAGACUCUCCUGCGCCGGCGGCACUCUCCUGUCAUUAUCAGAAAAGUUCCACCUGUGCCGGAAUGCGAUUACCCAACAGGCACAGUUCCCAAGGCUUCUGGCUGUCCAGCGGUGGAGGGAGUGGAGGGCGCGAAGUGGUCUGGUUGGCGAGAAAUAGUCCUGGAGGCCUUUAAGCGUGAAUAUCCGGCACCACCGUCCCAGUAACCGGACCCUGUCUACGUUGCGUUGUUCUCCGCGUGCCCCCCGCUAGAGAGACAGACGCCCUGCGGACAGCCCGCUAAGUUAAGGUACAGAAAUGGGUGAGCCCAUCGUGCCCACGGAAUGGAUUGAAAUAAAAAGCCAGCCCUCUGCUCCGCCCCGCGGAACGCGAGCUGGUGUCUCCUCGAGCCUGUCGUCUGUCUGUGUUCUAGGAGUUGCUGCUGCUGCUGCUGGGCUUGGUUGGGAACAAGAAAACAGACCUCUCCGCUCUCUGUUUGUUGUCCGACGAACCUCUAGGAAUACUCACCCUCCCCGCAUCGUGGUGUGGACAGUCUACAAACAUGGCUUCGGUUCUUCGAGCAUCGCGUGGCCUGCGCUCAACAGGCCGUCUGGCGAGCUCUUCUAUUAGAUACACGGCCGUUCGGUCAUUCACAGCGUCGAGUGCCUGCUCCGCGCAGUCCUCAUUCCUGCCCGAUGAGCCUGUUGCGCCCAAGGUGGUGACGCCCAUCCCGGGCCCCAAGAGCCAGCAACACAUUGCCGAGCUCACCAAAGUGUUUGACACGCGGAGUUUGAACAUGUUGGCCAACUACCAGAAGAGCUAUGGCAACUACAUCUCAGACCCAGAUGGCAAUGUGCUGCUGGACGUCUAUGCCCAGAUUGCUUCCAUCCCUGUUGGCUACAACAACCCGACGCUUCUCGAGGCUGCCAAGUCGGACCAGAUGAUCUCCUCCCUCAUCAACCGGCCCGCUCUGGGUAACUUCCCUUCGCACGACUGGGCGUCCAUUCUCGAGACUGGGAUCCUGCGCGUGGCGCCCAAGGGCUUGAACCAGGUCUUCACCGCCAUGGCAGGCUCCGACGCCAACGAGACGGCGUACAAGGCCGCGUUCAUGUGGAAGAAACAGCAAGAACGAGGCGGCCCUGACGUCGAGUUCACCGAGCAAGAGUUGACCAGCGCCAUGAAGAACCAGAAGCCCGGUUCGCCAGACAUGUCCAUCAUGUCCUUCAAGACCGGCUUCCACGGCCGUUUAUUCGGCUCGCUCUCCACCACCCGCAGCAAGCCCAUCCACAAACUGGACAUCCCGGCCUUCGACUGGCCGCAAGCUCCGUUCCCCAACCUCAAAUACCCUCUUGAACAGCACGCCGAAGAGAACGCGGCCGAGGAGAAGAGAUGCUUGGAAGAAGCCGAGAACAUCAUCAAGACCUACCACAACCCUGUCGCAGCCGUCGUGGUCGAGCCUAUCCAGUCCGAGGGUGGUGACAACCAUGCCAGCCCGGCCUUCUUCCGGGGGCUCCGAGAGAUCACUCGCCGCCACAACGUCCUGCUGAUCGUCGACGAAGUUCAGACUGGUGUCGGUGCCACUGGCAAAUUCUGGGCCCAUGACCACUGGAACUUGCAAGACCCUCCUGACAUUGUCACCUUCUCCAAGAAGGCCCAAACUGCCGGUUACUACUUCGGCAACCCGGCCCUCCGCCCCAACAAGCCAUACCGUCAAUUCAACACCUGGAUGGGCGACCCAGCCCGAGCCAUUCUUUUCCGAGCCAUCAUCAAUGAGAUCGAAAGACUGAACUUGGUCGAGCACACGGCCAAGACUGGUGACUACCUCUUUGGCGAGAUUGAGAAAUUGGCCAAGAAAUACCCCGAGCAAUUCCAGAACCUGCGAGGCAAGGGUCAAGGUACCUUCAUCGCUUUUGACAACCCCAAGCGUGAUGAGUUCCUGGCCAAGGCCAAGACCCUCGGAAUCAACAUUGGUGGCAGCGGUGCCUCUGCGGUCCGACUGCGGCCUAUGUUGAUUUUCCAGAAGCAUCACGCCGACAUCCUCCUUGAUGCAUUCGAGAAAUUGGCAAAGUCUUUGUAAAGCGAGGUAUAGCUGAGUAAAUAAAAAGGAGGUCUUUGCGUUGGAACUUGAUUGCAUGAAUCUGGUGUGCGCCUUUUUUUUUUAGCUUUUGCAGCAUUUGGCGUAGUCCAGGACGAAAAUAUAAUGCUGCCGUCAUGCAAAUCUGAGUAUCAGUUUGUAGCCAUAAUGUUCAGCUCUUUCUGGCACCAGUAGUACGAGCCUCGCCCCUGUGAAGUCCGCGGCAUAAUAGAGCAUAAAGCACAG